GAAGUGAAGUGAGGUGAGGUGUGGUGUUGGGCCGGUGCCGCCGCCCCUGCCGCGGGGGAGGAGGUGGAAAGUGGGGCUGCGGCGGGCCGGCGGGGGCGGCCUGUCAGCCGCUGCUUUGUCUCCUCAGCUCGGGUCCAGUCUGCGCUGCUGCACGGAGGCCGCCCGGGCCAGGCGAGCCGAACCAAUGCUGGACUUGGAGGUGGUGCCCGAACGCUCUCUGGGGAACGAGCAAUGGGAAUUCACGCUGGGAAUGCCUCUGGCUCAGGCAGUAGCCAUUCUUCAGAAGCACUGUCGCAUCAUCAAAAACGUCCAGGUUCUCUACAGUGAACAGUCUCCUCUAAGCCAUGACCUCAUUCUUAACCUGACUCAGGACGGGAUCAAACUACUGUUUGAUGCUUUCAAUCAGAGACUUAAGGUGAUCGAAGUAUAUGAUUUGACUAAAGUAAAGUUAAAAUAUUGUGCCCUAAGUAAAACUCUUGACCUUUGUUUGCAGCCCAAUUUUGCCCAUGGCCUGGCUUCUCUCCAGAUACCCCAUGGAGCAACUGUAAAACGAAUGUAUAUCUACAGUGGCAACAGCCUACAGGAUACCAAGGCUCCCAUAAUGCCUCUGAGCUGUUUCCUGGGCAAUGUGUAUGCUGAGAGUGUAGAUGUUCUUCGAGAUGGAACUGGACCUGCAGGUUUACGACUUCGGCUACUUGCUGCAGGUUGUGGACCUGGCCUAUUAGCAGAUGCCAAGAUGCGGGUAUUUGAACGUUCAGUGUAUUUUGGUGAUUCCUGCCAAGAUGUUCUUAGCAUGCUUGGCUCUCCACACAAAGUCUUCUAUAAAUCAGAAGACAAGAUGAAAAUUCAUUCUCCUUCCCCUCAUAAACAAGUUCCAUCGAAGUGCAAUGACUACUUUUUUAACUACUUCACUCUUGGAGUGGACAUCCUCUUUGAUGCGAAUACACACAAAGUGAAGAAGUUUGUUCUACACACCAAUUACCCUGGGCAUUAUAAUUUCAACAUUUAUCAUCGCUGUGAGUUCAAGAUCCCACUAGCCAUAAAGAAAGAAAAUGCAGACGGUCAGACAGAAACAUGCACGACCUACAGCAAGUGGGACAACAUCCAGGAGCUCCUGGGCCACCCUGUGGAGAAGCCUGUUGUUCUGCACAGGUCUUCCUCCCCAAACAACACCAACCCAUUUGGUUCCACAUUCUGUUUUGGUCUUCAGCGAAUGAUCUUUGAGGUCAUGCAGAACAACCACAUUGCCUCGGUGACCCUGUAUGGCCCCCCUAGGCCUGGUAGCCACCUGAGAACAGCGGAGCUCUCCUAGGGACAUCCCCACCUAUGCCCCUCUGUCCCAUGAAACUGUGCAUCACAUCCUGCUCAGUGGGCCUCUGUACCACCCUGUGGGUUUUCUUGGACACCUGGCCAGUGUUGAAGGGCUGUUGUGAUGUUCUGAGGUUGGGCUCAGGAUGCAUGCUCUGCCAUAGGCUGAGUGGCCCAGAUAUUCCUCUGUCCAUCCUUGGCCUGCUGGUGCCAGCAGGGGACACAGACUGCAAAGAGAAGCACAAAGUUUGAGCCUUGAUUCCUGGACCCAGGAGCUCUCAACAAACAAGCAAGGAGGCAGGACACGUCAACCCUUGUCCCAUGCACGUUGGGAAGACUUGGGGCUCUUUCUGUGACUGAGGACAUAGGCACCCAGGAUAAGGACAAAGUCCUGCCUUUGGCCCCACAUUGCCACAUGACCCUUAAGGCAAGCAGGUAGCGUGUCCGUAGUACUUGGUUGCAACAUUUGCACUACAUCCACUUUAGUUACUUGAUGAGCUGGCUGUGGCCAGGGUGACCCACCUGCCCUUCCCUGUUCCUUUCUUGCACGUGCUCCCUGCCUGGGCACACCAAACUGGUUGAAACACAGCUUUCUACCAUCCAGGUACGUGCCCAGGCCUGGUUCUCACCCCUGUUGGAGUCAGCUUUCAAGAUUGCCUGUGCCCCUGCUCUGCCCCAACCUGGCUGGCAGGGCUGCAUGUUUCCAUGCUGUUUGCCUCUUUUAUUUAAUGCCAAAGUUUUAGCCAAAGACAUCUUCCUACUUCUGUUGUGUUUCAGCAUUCUGUUCUGCACUGUGGGCUGGCUCCCUGCCCCAACCCUGGGCACUGGCCCCUGGCUGAGCCAUUUCAUGGCUCAAAGCGUCUGGGGGCUCAAGGAAGGCUGGGCUGCUCAGUCCCUUCAUGGGUCUUGCUAAUGGAAAGUAGCAUAUAUGUGCUUUAAAAAUAUUAAUCCUUUUGAAAAGAAUUGAGAAGAGAAAUGUAUAAUUUUAUCCCAUUUUUAAUAUUUUGGUCUAGCAACUUGUGAUACAUAGAUGACAAUUUUGUGAGUUUUUCAAAUGUGUGUACAGAUUUUUGUAAAUAUGACUCUUUUGUAAUUAACUCAUGUACAGCCUCAUCCUGUAUAGUUUAAUGAUGAAUGUGCAGGGGACCUGCCUCAGGCUCCUAUAUGGUUCCUGGGCCUUAUAGCCAGGUUUGUGUGGCGCUCCCAUGACUUUGUGACUGACUGGUGUCUUCCCAUUUGGACUGUGGCCUGGCCAGAGCCCCUUGCAUAUCCCCCACUGUCAGGGGCAGCCAGGACUGUUCCCAUCCUCCUGGAAUGUGGGAAUCUUCCUUAUCCCGUGCCCACAUCCCCUCUCCAAUAAAGCACCUGUGUCCUCAGCAAUGGCCUGCCAUGUGCUGUUGCUGGGAUGUUUGUACUAAG